AUGGUUUCAUCAAGAAAGAGUAGAAUUUUGGCUCUUAGUGCCUUUUUAUUGACAAUUGUCUUUAUAUUUAUUCAAACACAUAAUAAUAAAAGUUUAAAUGAUUCAAUUAUAGAUAAAACUGAUCCAUCAUCAAAUAAACCAAAUUUAGAAUCAACAACAAAUCAAAUUGGAGCUAUAGAUGAAUCUAAAAUCAAAUCAAAUGAAGAAAAAUUAAAUAAUAAAUUAAAUCAAAAUGAUGGUAAAGAUGAUAGUAAUGUUGAAAUUAAACAAAAACAAAAACAAAAACAAGAAGGUAUUACAGAUGAAUCAAAUAUUAAAACAACAUUUGAUGCAGCACAAGAAUUCCAAUCUAUUAUAGGAUUAUCUCCAGUUGUUAUUUUUUCAAAAACUUAUUGUGGAUUUUCUCAAGCUUUGAAAAAUCUUUUAAAAUUUGAAUAUGAAAUUAAUCCACCUCCAACUAUUGUUGAAUUAGAUAAACAUAAAAAUGGUCGUGAAUUACAAGAUUUCAUUGCAAGUAAAUCUGGAAGAAAAACAGUUCCAAAUUUAUUUAUAAAUGGUGUUUCAAGAGGUGGUUCAGAUGAAAUGAAGAAAUUACAUGAUGAAGGUAAAUUAUUAGAAAGUUUAAAUUUAUGGGGUGAAAAGGGUAUUAAAGUUAAUAAGAUUAAUGCUCCAUCAAAUAGUUAA